AUUUUAAUAAAUGUUAUAAGCCACGUAUAUGGCAAAUAUAAUCAUUGAAGAGAAAUUCAAUGGGGUGUGUCUUCGUUCAGUGUCAGAGACCUCGAUCGCAAACCUCUCUUAUAUUUUGUUUUAAACAUUUAAUCGCUUGUUCUAAACUCAAACCGUGGAAACCCAUUUUUUUUUUUAAUUUUGUUAACUGUUGGAUCAAACAACUUUCACAAAUUUUUUAUUUUCUUUCAUGAUUCUCCUACUUGUCUUACUCCAUGAAGAAAUUAAGCAUAGAGAAAAAGGAGUGCGCAAGUGCAUAUAGACUCUUUGAAGGCUUUAUCUAAUUUUUAAAGUUCUGUUUUAUGAAAGAUGGCUUCUCAUCGACAAGAUCUUUGGGGGAGAAUGGAGAAGUACCAAGGGUGGUUUGAUUUUGCUUUCGGUACUGAACGCAGUAGAGAGGUUAUGCGGGAUGAAAAAGAUUACUGGAAACUGAUAUGGUCUUUAGAUGUGGUUUUCGAGGAGCGGAUGGAUUCCGUGAUGGCUGAAUUGGAUUUUCUGUGCCUCCUAUUAAAGGCCUUUGACGACGUAGAAGAAGAUACAGGAUCAUCUCCAUACAGUGUUGAUGCAGGAUCCUCCAAGUUCUUCUUCAUCAGAGUUGGAGUUGCAGCUGAAAAAUUAGAAAAGCAUCUUCGACGCGAUUUUUAUGAGAGAUUUAACGGAUAUAGUGGUUUGAAAACUCAGCUGGUCCGAUGGAUGAGAAAUGCUAUGCAGCCUUUUCAAUCUAAGCUUUCCAAACUGCUUGAAGUUUUCAUCACUUUGGAUCGAAAGUGUGGUGACUUGAAGUUAGAUAUCCGUCAAGCUUACCGGCAGCAAGGUGAACGCUCUCUAACCACCUUAUCGUUCCAGCCAAUCUCUUCGUUUGGAUGGGGCACUAUGUAUUGGCGCUUAUUUUGUCAUUGCCUAGACCGGUGUCUGUUAUGUAUGUCCUCCAAUGAGAGAUAUUUCCACUUGUUGGGUGAUGAUCAAUUGAGGAAACAGAUGAUUACCUUGAGACGGCGUCUCCAUUCUAUCAACUGGAUUCUCACUUACGAUGAUUGCCAGGACGAGGAUUUUCGCGCCGAUUAUGGAGGAAUAUUUAUGCAGGUCGCUCGUCUGUGUUGCCUCUGUUGGUACGGAGAUGCACUGGCGAUGGAUGAAAGCAUGAAACAGCGUCUGGCCAUUUCGCUUUCAGACCUCAACAGCAGAAUGGAUCUUGAUGCUUCUCAGUUCCUAGAUGUGAUGGUCAAAUGCCUGGGAUGUGAUCCCGGUGAAUCCUCUUAUCUGGAGUUCAUAGGUCACGUACUAGAUAAUUGCAGCCUUGAAUCCGAUCUUGUCUCAGAAUUUGCUUCUCUGUUCAAGUGUGUUACCAGAUUGCGAGAGAUGCACGACGACAAAGACACGGUGGACGUGCCAUGGCUUUUAGGAGCUUUUAAAGAUCUAUUACUGGAGACCAUUUAUCUAAAUCUUGAUGCUGACCAGGAGAGCAAUGUUAGGCCUCCAGACACAAUUUUGUUUGCGAAACUUUGGUCUCUUAAGGUUGAAAUUCUCAUCAUGAAUAAAGGCACGCUACUCACCCUUUCUGAUGUCGACCUGAGGGAUCAUAAAUAUGAAAGAGAUGAUUUUGCAAUGGAAACAAUUCAGAUAGGGGAUGCCAUUGUAACAUUUCCUAAGCAACUUCAAGAUCCCUCUCAGUCCUCCUCGAGUCCUGAGGGGGACAACACGGAAUAUAUCAAGGUCGGUAACAUGCUUUACAAGUCUUUUGUUCUUAUCUUGCUAUUCAAAGCGAAGACCACCAUAACAAAGUUGUUGGAGGAUAUAACUCUGGCGUUCCCCUUGAGGCACAAGGUUGCAUUUCUUGGCGACGGACUUGGUUUCCUCAUGGAUUUAGUUGCUAAGAAGCCAAAGGAGGAUAAGAACCUAAUCUUGAAAGAUGUUGAAGUGAUGGCUACUGAAGUAUUAACUCUCAGUAGUUCACAUCUGCCUAACAAUUUGGAAGAAGAACAAUGCAACUAUCUGGAGGUUUGCCUUCUUGAUUUAACAGAAAAAGCUCAGCAUUUGAUAGCCAAGGUCAUAGAGAAUUUUCAAAUUCCAAAGUUUCAUCUCCCUAAGACUCCUGGAUUUUUCUUCAUUGAGGGUCAUUUGCAGAAGUUAGGGAAGAGGCUAAGCCCUAAGCAUAAAUCAUCAAUUUAUGUAACUUAUCGGAUUGAAGCCAUUAGCAAGGCUUUGGAGCGAAUAGUAAACAACUCCCAGGAUGCUUUUUGCAAAGAGAAAUACCACUAUCUGCAUUCCCAGGUUGUUGAUGUGGCAUAUAAGGCAGAACGUCUUUUCGACUUAAUGCUCGGUGAAAUCAAGGUUCCAAACCAUUUUCUGUGGCUAUGUCAUCUUUUGGAAGAGAUUAGACACAUUGAAAUGCAGCUUGCAAAUCUGGAUGAGAAUAACAGUCCUAAUGGUGAUGGAGUCCACAAUGUCACUGACAGUUUGAAGCCUAAAGUCUCAAUGGUUUCUACUGCAGGAGUUGAUGAGUUUAUGGUUGUCCAUAAGAAUCAGAAAAAACUGAUAAUCGAUCGACUUAUUGGAGAUUUGGCUACUCUGCUGUACAAAAGAUUGAAGAAAAAUAGAUACCUCAUUGUCCUAGAUGAUAUGUGGAGUAUUAGGGCCUGGGAUGAUAUGAAGUUGUCAUUUCCGGAUGACUUAAAUGGUAGCAGAAUUUUGAUAACAAGUCGCCUCGAAAAGGAGCUUUCAAAAAUAAGUAAUUCCCAUUGUCUACAUCCACUCUCUGAAGAGGAAAGUUGGGAAUUGUUGAAGUUUAAAAUAUUUGGGAAAGGAGAUUGUCCCAAAGAACUUCUGGAAGUUGGAAAACAAAUUGCCAAAAAUUGCAAAGGGCUACCUCUUUCAAUUGGUGCAAUAGGAGGUGUUCUUGAUAGAACAAACAAGAAUGAAAUCUUGUGGAGGCAAAUAGCGGAAAGUGGUAAAGAGGAGAAAUUCUCGCAUCAGAUAUCUGAUAAAGAUGAACCCUAUUGUUCUUUAAAUAAUUUUGAUUAUGGUGUUCACUAUGAGCAUUUCAGUGAGUCAAACUCCAUCACACACGAGCAAUAUCGAUUGUUCUUUCAUGUGAAUCGAGAACAAUUUGUUGUUUCAAGGCCAUCUGGUCCAUUUGUCCGCACUCUGCUGUUGUCUGCCACCACUGAUGAGAGUCCAAGAUGCUCCUAUCAUAUUGACUUCAUCCCCAAUAACUUUAUACGCCUCAGAGUGUUGGAUUUGGAAUCAAUCAAUAUGGGUAACUCUUGGGCUAGUGGAAUACAAUUUCUUGCUGAUCUGAGGUACUUAGCAGUGUGUGGCGAUAUGGAGUCCAUUCCACCAUCUUUGUCUGACCUUGAGAACUUGGAAAGUUUUUUUCUGAAGAGUUUGAAGACUAAGGUGUUUCUACCAGAUACCAUUUGGAAAAUGAAGAAGUUGAGGCAUCUUCAUGUAACUGCUCAUGCUAUCUUCCCUUUGCUAAAUUCUUUUCAUCAGUUAGAUAGCUUGAUCACACUUUCUUUGAUGUACUUUUCACUGGGGGAGGAAGCCAACAAUAUUAUGAUGAGGUUUCCUAAUCUUCAAAAGCUGAAAUGCAUAUGUUCAGAACCAACAUCUGUUUCCAGGAAUUCUCAUUUGGUUCCAUCAUGGGCAUCACUAGGCAAGCUGGAGUCACUCAGUAUUUCAUACCUAGGCAAGGUUAUUAAUGGCAGAGAAUUGAACUUACCUUCAAAUUUAAGGAAGUUGAGUCUAUCAAAGUUCCACCUGUGCACGGAUCAUUUGUCAGCAAUUGGGAAUUUACAGAAACUGGAAGGCCUGAAAUUGAUUUCUUGUGCCGUUGAGGGGUCAACGUGGAAAAUGUCGCAAGGGAAGUUCCUUCAACUUAAGUACUUGGAAUUAGACAACCUUAAUGUUGUCGAUUGGAAUGCAUGUGAAGAUCACUUGCCUCGACUUCAACAGCUUGUGUUGCGAAAUUGUAAACAGCUGAAGGAGGUUCCUUUUGACAUCGGGAGCAUCUCAACGUUGGAGAAGAUUGAAGUUCAGCUAUGUGGAAGUUCUGUUAACGAGUCCAUCAGAAAAAUUGAGGAGGAAGAAAUUGAAGGGCUCAAAAUAGUUAUCAAUAGCUCGGAGAAAGCUUAA